AUGGGCAACGCGAAAAGUGGCGCGGUCUCCAAGGAGAUCCUGGAGGACCUGAAGCUCCACACCAAGUUCUCGGAGACCGAGCUCUCACAGUGGUAUGAGAACUUCCAGAAGCAGUGUCCGUCGGGACGCAUCACGCCCGAUGAGUUCCAGAAUAUCUACCAGCGCUUCUUCCCCGAGAGCGACGCCAAGACCUACGCCCAGCACGUCUUCCGCUCCUUCGACACCAACGACGAUGGCACUCUGGACUUCAAGGAGUAUAUCAUAGCCCUGCACAUGACCUCCUCUGGCAAAAUGGCUCUCAAGCUGGAGUGGGCCUUCUCGCUCUUUGACGUGGACAAGAACGGCUACAUCACCAAGUCUGAAGUGACCGAGAUAUGCCAGGCCAUCUUUAAGCUGAUCCCGAAGGAGAAACAGGACCAGCUACCGAGCGACGAGAACACACCCGAGAAGAGGGCGAACAAACUGUGGAGCUACUUUGAUAAAAAGGAUAACGAGAGACUGGCUGAAGGAGAAUUUAUCAAAGGUGUGACAGAGAAUGAGAAUGCUCUCCAUCUCAUACAGUAUGACCCUUCAAAAUAA